AUGAGGCGUCGCCGACACAGCGCCGGAGUCUUCUGGGAUCUGGCCAAGCUGGCGAUGGUCCUUUCGUUGGCGGCACUCCCGGUCUUCGCUUUCGCAGUGUUCUCCGCUGGGGAUUACGAGGCGAUGAAGCUUGAUUCCAGUCGCACCAACGCCUUCUACAAGGCUAUUGACGAUCUAUGUCCUGACCGCGUUGUGUUGGAUCUGGGCACCGGCGCCACCGCGCUGUUGGCUAUCCGGGCAGCCCAGGCGGGGGCGAAGCGCGUCUAUGCUGUCGAGGUUUCCGAGAGCUCUGCUCAGCGAGCAGCUGAAAGUAUUGAAGCCGCCGGCUUCUCCUCGAAGGUGUCUCUGCUUCUCGGCGACUCCAAGGAGCUCAACCUCCCCGAGCCCGUGGAUGUCAUCGUGCAUGAGAUCUUGGGGGAGAUCGCCAGCCGAGAGGGCGUGGUGCCUUCGCUAAGCGAUGCUCGGCAGAGGCAUCUUCGUAGUGUGGAAGGGGCUUGGUCUAUUCCGGCGAAAGCCACUACAUGGAUCGCACCAGCUGCCAUGCCAAGCAGCGAGUAUUUCGCUGCCUACCGCGCCCAAAGUGGUGCACUGCUCCUGGCGCCAGGACGAGGGGAGCGAUUUCUGCGGCUUCCGCAGCUUCCCGUGGAGAGUUGCCAACUUGCUGAAGCGCAAGCCUUUGAAGAGUUGACUUGGUACGAGGACAUCGAGCCUCCUCUGCAACAGCGCCGAUUGUUGCGCUUUGCAAUCGGGGCUGCAGGAACUCUGGCUGGUUUCGUCUUUUACAUCACCGUCGAUUGCGGAGGCGACUCUGCUAUUGUCAGUUCGGCGUGUGCCCAAAGCCACUGGGCUAAUCCCUUCUGCCGUGUUGCUGAACCCGUGGCCGUGAGCAGCGGGGAUGAAGUCCUUGUGAACACCGAGGUGGACCUUUCUGGUGCAGCAGCCCGCUAUGCCGUGGUAGCCUGGCUUUCUCGUCCUGGCCAUGCGAAGGAGCUGCUCCUGCCGCGGACGGAGUUCACUUGA